GGCCCCGGCCUUGCCCCGCGGGCCGAGGAGGCCGCUCAGCCCCGCUCCCGCCGCCGCCUGUCCCCUCAGCGGCUCUCCCGGCUCUGAGGAGCCGCAGCCGCUCCCGCCGGGGUCGAUCUCAGCCCCUUUCCCCUCCCGGCAGCGCCGCCCGGCCCGGCUGGGAGCGGCGGGCAUGGAGCGGGGCCGGGGCGGGGAGGAGGAGCUGGAGGAGGAGGAUGAGGAGGAUGAGGAGGAGGAUGGCGGCCCGGAGAGCGCCCUGGAGAAGAGCCCGUUCCAGCUGACGGCCGCGGAUGUCUACGACAUCUCCUCCGUGGUGGGCCGGGACCUGCUGCAGCUCCGCGCCGGGCCGCAGCUGCCCGCCGCCCGCGCCCGGCUGCAGUUCAGGAUCGUCAGGGUGCUGGAGAUGCUGGAGGCGCUGGUGAGCGAGAGCAGCGUGGCCGAGGAGCAGCUGCGGCGGGAGCGGGACAGCCUCCGGCGGGAGCUGGAGCAGCUGCGCGCGGCGGCCCGGGGCAGCGCCCCGCAGCCCAGCCUUGGACCAGAUCAGAUGGUGAUAGACCUCACAGACCCCAACCGGCCCCGGUUCACGUUACAGGAGCUCCGAGAUGUAUUGCAAGAGAGGAACCAGCUGAAAGCUCAGCUGCUGGUGGUGCAAGAGGAGCUACAGUGCUAUAAGAGUGGGAUCAUCUCACAGAAAAGGGACCAAACUGAAGAACUGGACAAAGAAGCCAGUGGCAGCAGUGCUGGCACCAGAAAGAACAGUGAAGAGAAGACAAUCAUCAAAAGGCUGUUUUCUUUUAAACAUGGAAAAUGAGCAUCCUCAAGGACUUUGCUGCUUUUGAGAAUGGCACUGAUGAGCCUCAGAGGCGUUGGGAAAGACAAUGCCUGGAAGCAGCAGCAUCACUCCUACUGUAGAGAAUGAGCAAUCUCAUUAAAAUCAUGUUGUAUAAUAUUCUUUCAGAAUAGAUUUUACUCUGCUUUUUUCAGAAACUGUUUGAAACAGACACUUUUUGUAUUUCUUACUGUCAGACAUUAUCCACAUGUAGAAAAUAAAAUGUUUAUACAAAGCUGGGGUUUAUUCUUAUUAAAAGUGCCUGUGAUUAUCUGUUCUACAGCAGACUUAUCCUGUCCAGCUAUCAAAACAUUCAGCCCAGAUUAUUUUGUAAGAUUAAGGUCAUAGAAACAUGCCAUUCACAAGUGUUUGUUGGGGAUGAGGUGAACAGUGGAGGAAAGCACAGCAAAGGAAGAAAAGCUGCUGCAAUUGGGCUCUGCCUACAUGAAGGGCUGAGGUGCAGGCAGUGCUCAGACUGGAACAGAUGCACCAAACAUUUCAUUUCUGACAGCUGAAGGUCUCCUGUGGUAGGGAGUUGUGCUUUGCAUAAGCUCUGUUCUUUCAAUCACCUGCCACAAGCUGUGUAUUGGCCCCAGUAAUGAGAUUUAGCACCAGUGGAAGCAUAUAGGGCAAACAGAGGAGUGGGAAAAGAAGCUUGAAAGACACCAAUUAGGUUCUCCAUUUAGAAAGGUAGAAUAUCCAGAGCAGAAGUCUGAACAGACAUAAAAGAAGCAGUGACAGGUAUCAAACUGUGAUCUUACUCUCUUCAGAAAUAAAAGCAGGCUCUGAAGUCUUUUGAUUCCCUCUCCUACACUGGCAGCAUGAGAAAUAUAGGGCACCUCAGAGAUCUGCUCAGCUGCACAGGGUGGAUGGGCUCAGCAGAAGCAGAGCUGCAGCCUCCCUGCAGAGGUCAGGAACAGCUGGCUGUGAGCAAGGCCACACCACAGCUGGCUGAGCUGAGCCAGCUGCUUUAGCCAGGCACAGAAACACUCAGGUCCUUUUGCCAUCUUCAAAAUAUCAAUAAGCCCUGGCCCUGCCCUCAUUGUGUAUUUUCUAGAGCAUGGCAGCAGGGAAGGCAGUUACUGCAUGGCCUGAGCAGAGGCUUUGUACAGAGAAAAAAAAAUGAAACAAAGGAACAAUCAGCAACAGCCAGGAUGCACCUCUGAGCUGAAGAGAGAU